GCUUCGCUUGGGACGGGUGUCAAGCCGGGAGGGAACGACACGCUCUUGCUUGCCUUCACUCAUGAUGACGCCGCGAACUCCAACCGGUCCAAGACCGUUGCCUCAAUCCAAAGUGUCACAGCGGAGCAUGUCAUUGUGUUCUUUACGGCCAAGGCCUAUCAGCUCACGAAAGCGGCGCCCAGCCAGCACAACAUGGCCUUGUCGCGACGCACGAAAACACUCACCAUCGUCGAUGAUGGGAGCGCAGAGUUUCAGAUGUGGGUGAAGUCGCUGCGGCCGACUGAGAAUUUCGCCUUGGUAACGGACACGCGUAUCGAGGCGCCGAGGGGGCCCGCGGCUAGCGUUGUCCCUGAUCCAGACUUCUUGCGCCUCACUGAACCGCCCGUUCAAAAGGUCGUCCAACCUGGUAGCGAUUCGCGCCUGACGACUUGCCUUGUGAAGGACGGCGACGUUGAAGCGCAGCUCAAUGUCGGCAACUUUCUCGACCCAUUCAACCAGCGCGGCCAUCCUGCCGACUUUUCCCGGGAGUUCUACACUGCAGAAAACCGUGUGCGCAAGCGCGCGCUUUCU